AAGAUCGAACCCAGCGCUUUCUCUUCAGGCACGAUCAUUGAAGACCUCAUCAACGACAUGGAAAUGCUCUUUGCUGCUCGUUUCGCACGCGGAGACAAGAAGAGAGCAAUGGCUCGUUUGCGUGGUGGCUCACAACAUACCAGCCAUCACUUCAGCACUUUCCGCACAGGUAUGGCGCUUGGACUCGCUGUACCA